UUAGGAGGAGAGUCGCGAGCAAAACAAAAUCGUAAGGACAAUAGAAUGGGCAAUAAGUUAUCUUGCAGUUGCGCUCCUCUUAUCAAAAAAGCGUAUCGUUACGAAGAUUCUCCAUGGCAAGCUGGGGCUAGGGGAGUAAUGGGCGGCAGCGGAGGUCGCAGGGGUGACACUGGCCACUUGCUCAGGUGCGGAAGCUUAAGAGAAAGGAAGAGGCUGUGGGCGGAAGUGUUCCACGUGAGUGCCAGCGGCGCAGGAACGGUAAAGUGGCAGCAGGUCUCCGAAGACUUAGUUCCUGUAAAUAUCACGUGCAUCCAGGAUUCGCCGGAAUGUGUCUUUCACAUUACCGCGUACAACAGUCAAGUGGACAAAAUCUUGGACGUGCGGUUGGUUCAACCAGGAACACGUAUCGGCCAAGCAUCCGAGUGUUUCGUUUACUGGAAGGAUACCAUGACCAACGAUACGUGGGGACUGAAUUUUACCUCACCGAUAGAUGCCAAACAGUUCCGAGAAUGUUGCUCACCGUCGUUCAAGAUUUCAAGGAAAGCGUCCUCUUCUUACUCGUUGAAGCUCGAACCACCGAACAAACAGAAGAAUAAACCACGGAGGAAGCCGCUGUCGACGCCAGCCUCUCCUAGCAGAUCCAGGGAACCUCAAUGUACUUGUAUGACACCGGAACAGUUCGCUAGGCUUCGGAAUCAAGAAGCCAGAUACCGAGGUUUUAGCGGUACGUCCACUCUUCCGAGAACUAUGGCACGAUCCACGGAGAUGGAGAUGACUCCGGCUCGCGAGAAAAUAACCGCGGCUACGUCCAGCGCUUCUCUUUACGAUAACGUGAACAACGCGAACGCGACACCGGGGAAGACGCCAAAGGCCGCUGGUGAAUCGACCAAACAGAAAGAGAAACAGAACGAAACGUGUCAGACUACGCCGAAAACGGCGAACGUCGGCAUCGAAACGGUCACCGUUGGAUCGCAAAUCGAUAGUCCGGAGGAGAAAGGAGCAUCGUCGAUCUCGCCGAAAAAGUCUCAGAAACAAAGCCAAGAUACGUCUACUCAGCAAAACGGUGGUGAAACGUUGAAAUCGGAAGGUACCCAGGCCGGUGGUACGUUACAGAACAAAUCGUUACGAAAGGAGCAAUUGCAUCAUACUAAAUCUGCCGAUUAUACCGAUCUGGAAAUGCAAAACGGCAACAUUUUCAAUAUAGUGAACAAUAAUCACGGUGGAAAGAAAUCGAAGAGCAAAAGCACCGACGAUAUGAGAAUCGAGAACGCGCAAAACGGUGGUAUCAGUUUAGAUUCGAACACUCUGAAGAGAAUGCUGAAACCUAUGUCGAGUAUCGACAGUCCCGUUACGUCGCCCGAGAUGACCAGAAAGAGGCAUAGUCAUCACAGUUAUCAUUAUCAUCCGAGCAAUAAUAAUCAGAAGUACGUUAUGCAGGAGACCGAUAACGAGAACUAUGCACAUCCCUAUCGAGCCCCGCCGUAUACCAACAAGUUCCAGGCUUCUAGGAGCGUGCACGACAUCGGACGCCAAUAUGCUGGCGGCAGAGGCAGGACCUAUUUGGAUUCGGAACGUAAUCGGUGCACGGGUGACGUGUCGCCGCCAUCGGAUAAUGUCAUUUUCGAUAAUCAGUGUUACGCCACUACGCCAAGUUCGUCGAACGGUAAUUCGGACAUGGAACAACCGACUCACUGCAAUUCGCGUCGUUGUAACGGUGGCCAGACAUAUCAACAACAGAGUAUGCAAUCCGUCUCGACACCCGGCAGUCCUACCAGCAGACUUCUUCUCGAAUACGAGAUGCAUUUAAGGAACACGUUGGCUCAAGGUAUGGAUGCCGAGAGCUACAGUUUGCGUACCUUCGAGGCGCUUCUCACUCAAAGUAUGGAAAACUUGGAGUUCGCGGAGAACAUACCGUCGAACGUGCAACGCACACCUCACGUUUCGCGAAGGCGCUCCGUUUCCAACAAGUCGUCCACGUUACCGUUAUCCUAUCGCUAUUGCAACGAAAGGCAAAACAGUAAAGACAGGGACGGUUAUUAUAGCGAUCGCAACGAAAUAAUACGUGAAAAAAGGGAAAGGGACAGAGAAAGAGAGAGAGAAAGGGAAAGAGAAAGAGACAUCGAUCGAGAUCGUGGUUACCUCAGCGAUUACAAUUCCAGAUGCGCGAGCUGUAUCGGAGAAUCGGCACGUGCCCAGUGGUUUCGGCAUUCCGACGGAUGGCAGUCGGGCAGUUCGACUCUCGGUUCUGGCGCUUCGAGUUCGAUAAAUCCCAGUUAUUCGGGACAUAAACGAGAAUCUCCGUGGGAUUCUUUGCCAUCGUUGAGACACGAAGGCAGCUUGAACGACAGCGGAUACAAAUCGAAUCGGACCGAUUCUCUGGAACAAAGGGGUACUUUCGACAGACAAGACAGCGUCAGGUCGGAUUACAUGUCCGACAGAGACGGUAGAUACGGAAUCGUUCAACAAGCUUCUCUGGAGAGUACGGACUCGAGACUAUGCUACUUGACGUCUUCGGAGAUGUCGGACGACGACAGAAUGUCGCUAACUACCGCCGUCAGCGACGACGACGACGGCGAAAGCGUUAUAAACUCACCGUACCGGGGAAAACAAACUGGCACGGCUGCAGCUUCGUUUAACUGUACAGGAGCGGUUCGAAAGGCUGGAUUUCUGAGCGUGAAGAAAUGGUUGCUGAGGAAGAAGCAUCAGAUCGAACUGGCGAGGAAAAGAGGCUGGAAAGGCUAUUGGGUUUGUCUGAAGGGAACCACGCUUCUCUUUUAUCCGUGCGAUUCGCAAGAGAGCAGAGCCAUGGAAGCCGCACCGAAGCAUUUGAUCAUAGUGGACGGCGCGAUAAUGCAACCGAUCCCGGAACAUCCGAAAAGAGAUUACAUAUUUUGCUUGAGCACGGCUUUCGGCGACGCUUACUUGUUCCAAGCGCCGUGUCAGGUGGAACUCGAAAAUUGGGUGAACAGUAUACAUUCGGCUUGCGCGGCGGCAUUCGCGCGCCACCGUGGUAAAACCGGGACGCUUCAUUUGCUGCAAGAGGAGAUAUUUCGUUUGGAGAAGGCGAUCGAAUCGGAUCACAAGUUAAAGCACAUGGCGGAUCUUCAGCAGUCCGUCGUGUCCGAUGCGGAAACGAAGCAACAAAUCAACAAUCAGAUUGUUCAGUGGGAAGAGAAUUUGGAGCGAUUACACUGCGAACAAUUUCGACUCAGAUGUUACAUGGCUAGUCUUCAAAGUGGCGAAUUACCUAAUCCAAAAAGUUUAUUGACGCACGUGUCUCGCGCUACGAAGCAAACGUUGAAUAAACUAGGAGUCUUCACGGUGUCGUCCUUCCACGCUUUCAUAUGCGCUCGAAGUCCUUCGUUGCUGAACAAUUUGCUGGCAGGACGCGGAGCUACCAAAAGAAGACCACCGUUGCUCUCGAGAUCCAACAGUGGAUCGAGCAGAAGAUCGCUUCAAAUUUCUUCCAGAGACGACGAGAAGACCGUGAAAGUAUGCGUACCGGAGAAUCAGCUGGUGUCUGUAUUUUUACGCGACGCUAUGACGGUCGAGGAAUUCCUUGCAAGCGCUUGCAAUCGAAAGAAUCUAAAUCCGAUGGAACAUUUCGUUCGCGUAAAGAAACGAAGAGACAUGGAAGAUCACAACUAUUUCGUACCGCAUAGAACCGAUUUGAUAGAAACCUACUUGCAUACGCAUGAAAUCGUUGAAGUUUGCGCGAAAAUCUUGUAUCAAGUAGAAUUACAGAGGAACACCCUUGAGCAAAUGUGGGGCUUUUCCGUGGAAGCAGAGCUCAUCGAGAAUUCGGAUAGGCAAGACGAACUGUGUUGUUACGUUAGCAGAGUCGAAGAUAAAAGCGUGGCGAUGCAAAACGGAAUCAUUAAAGGCGACGAAAUCAUGGUGAUCAACGGUGCCAUUGUGAGCGAUUUAGACAUGAUGUACUUGGAAAGCGUGUUGCAAGAAGAAUUUGGCCUUUGCAUGAUGAUGAGAUCGUCUCGAACCGAACCACCGGAUCUCACGGGCAUAAUGAGAGUUACCGACGACAUAAUCGAAAGCUUGGUUUGCCCACCGCCACCUUCCGAUCCACCCGUCAUAAGCGAAGAGAUGAUUUCCGGUUUGAUCGUUCCGGCUCCUGGCUGGAGCAAAGAAAGCAUCGUACAAGAGUGCGCAACUACCGCUCAUUUGGAGAACGGUAAACAAACGUCCCGUACGAACUCGUUCGAAAUUGAAAAUCUACUUAAAACCGCGGAACAAGUGACGGGAAUCUGUCGAUCGCCCGGCGAAACCAGGAAAUCUAGUCCUACCGGAAGCGUCGUUAGUUCCCAUUCGCAAGCGUUAACGCCUAGCCGUCAGUUGAGCGACGCCGAAAAACUGAAAAAGGUCAUUUUAGAAUUGGUCGAAACCGAACGUACUUACGUGAAGAAUUUGAACAAUUUACUGGAGAAUUACUUGGAGCCUCUUAAACGGGAAACUUUUCUAUCGAACGCCGAGAUAAACGCUCUGUUUGGAAACAUUCAAGAGAUCAUUACGUUUCAACGGCAAUUCCUACAAAAUCUCGAUCACGCGAUCGAAAUGGAAGCCGAUUUCCACAACUUUGACCAUCCGAGUCAAUUUAAGGGUGUCCUGUUUUCCAUUGGAAGUGCCUUCUUGUACUACGUAAAUCACUUCAAGUUGUACAGCUCGUUUUGUGCCAGCCACUCUAAAGCGCAAAAAGUUUUACAUCCAAACGAAGGGAAUCAAGCUUUACAAGAGUUCCUGCAAGCAAGAAAUCCGAGGCAACAACACUCGUCGACCUUGGAGUCGUACUUGAUUAAACCUAUUCAGAGGAUAGUCAAGUAUCCUUUGCUUCUGCAACAGCUUGGAAAUCUGACCGACGAACGAAGCGAAGAACGACAACAUUUGAUCGAGGCUUUCAAGGGUAUGGAAAAAGUGGCGGAACACAUAAACGAGAUGCAAAGAAUUCACGAAGAAUACGGAGCUAUUUUCGACCACUUGUUCAGACAACAUCAAAAAUCUUGCAAACAGCCGAUCGAUUUAAGUCCAGGAGAUUUGUUAUAUUACGGAGGCGUCGACUGGCUAAAUAUUUCCGACUUUCUCGGUAAAAUAAAAAAAGGUCUCGAGUUACACGCGAUGUGUUUCGUUUUCAAAUCGGCUGUCGUCUUUCUCUGCAAAGAAAGAUUGAGGCAAAAGAAGAAGUUGAUGGGAGUUUCGAUGAAAGCGAAUUCCAGCGAAGUAGAAAUAAUUCGCUAUCAAGUAUUGAUUCCUGUGACGGAAGUUCAGGUUAGAGCUAGCUCGGCCAAGGACAUGGAAUCUCAUUUUUUGUGGGAAUUGAUUCACUUACGAAGUCAAUUACAGAGGAGAUCGGAGAAAGUAUACGUGCUAUCGAACAGCACGACGGAAUUUCGAAACGCGUUUCUAAGAACGAUUCGUCAAAUUAUUCGGGAAUCGGUUCGAAACAUGAGCAUACCGUCGACCAGACAGAAUUUGAGUCAGCCACCGAUCACGAUUUCACCGCGAAUGUCGACCGGACACGUGGAGAAAUUCGAAAAACAGACGACGAGUCAAGGACAGAGCAACGGUGGAAAUACGACGGGUGGCGGGGUAUCGGUGUCGGUGGCCCCGUCGGUAGUAACGUCGUCGAAGAAAACGGUGAAGCCACAAUUACUACCGACCUCGCACAACAUCAAAAGAAAAUACAGUCAAUCGAAACAGACGAUGGAACACGAAAGUUCCGAGGACAAGGACGCGGAGGACUCGAACACGGUGAAUCAACAGCAAACCGUCUUCCGUUCCAGGAGCAAAACCAUAAGCGACACGUCCGGAGAGGUAAAGGUCGAAAUGGAUUCGGGAACAAAGUCCGAAGGCGAAGAAGACUCGCAAGCUUUUUUAGCAGGAAGUACGGGUAGUCAAGCCAGAUUGAUCCAGUCUUCCCACCAACCGGAAAAUUAUCAACCGAUUACCGUGAAAGAACUCGGUUCGCCGAUUUGGAAACCACGGGAACUACCUUCGUUAGGAGAGUCAACGACGUUGCCGCGUAAGGAUCCGAACGGACCGGCAUUGUGUUGCGACGCCGAUAAUAUUGACAAUUUAGUUACGCAAUUGAACAUGGCCGAAGGUAUCUUUGGCAGAUGCCCAACGUGCGUAAAAAAUUUCUAUAAACUGAUAUGCGAUUUAAGCUGUAGCCCCGAACAGAGUCGAUUUCUGCGAGUGACGAAGACCGAGGAAAAUUCGGAAGGCAAAGAAUACGUGAGAGAAAUCGAGGUAUAUAUCGAUGAACAGUACAUGAACGAUACUUUCGAUUCCUGCAAGGGUGUCGUUAAUCCAACGAGCGGCGUGUUAGCCAUGGAUUUGGCUUGCGGUGAGCACGGAGCCAGUCGAUGUACGCCAAAAUUGUGGUACGAGUAUCAAGGCGAUCCCGACGCUAACACGUUCAUAAGUUUUCGAAUGAUUUACAAGCAUUCCCCGAACGGCUCGCUGGAAUUGUGGAACAAGACGGCGAAAGCGUGCAACGAAUCGUACGACGAUUCGUUAGCGUGCAGCUGCGUCGAUUGUCCUGCGGCCUGCCCCUUCCUCCAGUUAUUGGAACUCGAUUCUGGUUUCCUCAUUUUCGGAUACAGCGGUUACGGAAUAGUAGCGGGAAUUCUGGCUAUCCUUUUCGUCGCAUCCGCGACAGCAGCUUAUGUAAUUUCGCAAAGAACAUCGCAUUUCGUUACAGACGUUCCCGAGAAGAAGCAGGCAAAGAACGACGACGAACGAGAGCGAUCGGUCGAGCGACAUCGGGCAAAAUGGUACUUUCUUCCCUGGACAAAAUUUCACGACGCGUUUCACGUAUUUUUUGCUGCUUGGGGAAAAGCGUUCGCGAAAUAUCCGGUCGUUGUAUUAUUCGCGUCUUCGUACGUGUUGCUGGGAUUGAGCUACGGAAUCCAGUACCUGACUAUAACGAGCGAUCCGAUCGAAAUUUGGGCGGCGCCAACCAGCAGAGCCAGGCUCGAAAAAGAUUACUUCGACUCGCAUUUUCAACCUUUCUAUAGAACCGAACAGAUUUACGUGAAAUCCGUCGGACUGAACAAGGUAGUUCACAACACGUCGAGCGGUGUCCUCGAAUUCGGCCCAGUCUUUAACAAGGAAUUUUUACUGGCAGUCUACGAUCUGCAAAACAAGGUGCUUCGACUUGGACAAGAGGACGGAGAAGGCUUGGAGCGUAUAUGUUACGCUCCGGUUCGAAGCGACUUUACCGGACCCGUUACUCUCGACUUGUGCACGGUCCAAAGCGUGUGGGGAUAUUUUCAAAACGAUCUCGAUCGUUUCAACCAAACGGUUCAGUUCGAUUCCUACGAAAUCAAUUAUUUGGAUCAACUGUACGCGUGCGCCCAGAAUCCGUUCAAUCCCGGAUGUUUGGCGCCGUACAAGGGACCUGUUCUGCCCGCGUUAGCCUACGGAGGAUUUCUCCGAGAAAACGAAUUCAAUUACGACUCGAACGAUUACAUCGAAGCGACGGGACUGAUAUUAUCGUUUCUGGUGAAAAACUCGCUAAACGAAUCGGUGCUCGAAUCGACGCACAAAUGGGAACAACGAUUCAUCGAUUUCAUGAAAGAAUGGAACGCGAACGAACGGCCGGAAUUUAUGGACGUAGCCUAUACCACGGAAAAGUCGAUACAAGACGAGUUGGAACGAUCGUCGAAGGCCGAAACGUCGACGGUGCUUUACAGCUACGUCGUCAUGUUCGUUUACGUCGCGUUCGCGCUCAGCAAGCUGAAAUAUUCUAUCAAAGAAUAUCUCGCCAACAGUAAAAUGAUGAUCAGCAUCGGCGGAGUGGUGAUAGUAAUAGCCUCCGUAGCUUCUUCCAUCGGCGUGUUCGGCUACAUCGGAGUACCCACCAGUCUGCUUACGAUCGAGGUAAUCCCGUUCUUGGUAUUGGCCGUGGGAGUGGACAAUAUAUUUAUUUUGGUUCAAACUCACGAAAGAAAUCCGAAACGUGCCCAAGAAUCGAUACCUGAUCAUAUCGGAAGAAUCAUGGCAAAAGUUGGCCCAUCGAUGUUGCUUACCAGUACUUCCGAAUGCCUCUGUUUCCUGAUCGGAACGUUGUCCUCGAUGCCGGCGGUAAACACCUUUUCCCUCUACGCCUCCUUGUCAAUUUUCAUAAAUUUCCUUCUACAAAUGACGGCUUUCGUUAGUCUGAUGGCACUGGACGAGCAACGAUUCGAGAACAAUCUUUCGGAUUUGUUUUGCUGCGUGAAAACGAAUAAACAGGAUACCACCGAAGACGAGGACUUUGGAUUGGUGCACGCGAUAUUUCAGCGAUUUUAUACGCCGUGCCUGAUGAAAACGCCGGUUAGAAUAACCGUAUUGGUCGUAUUCUUUGUCGCUCUCGUCGCACACCUCGUGCUCGUACCAAACAUAUCUAUCGGUUUGGAUCAAAAGCUCUCGAUGCCCGAAGAUUCUUACGUCUUAAAAUAUUUUCAGUUUAUGGAAGAUCUAUUGUCGAUGGGUGCGCCCGUCUACUUCGUGGUCACUCCUGGUCUCAACUAUAGCCGCAGGAACGUUCAAAACGUAAUUUGCGGCGGUCAAGGAUGCAACACCGAUUCCCUUUAUACGCAGAUCCAUUCGGCAUCCAAACAACCCGACACAUCGUACUUGUCGAAAUCCUCUUCGUCUUGGAUAGACGAUUACAUAGAUUGGUCAGGGAUCGACGGUUGCUGUAAAUUCUUCCGGAACAAUCAGUCCUUUUGUCCGCAUACGAAAGAUACUUGCGAUCCAUGCGACGUCGGUUUAGACGGUUCUCGACCGAACGAAUACAGUUUCCGCAAAUAUUUGCCGUACUUCCUGCAAGACAUUCCGGACGAGACUUGCGCGAAAGCUGGACGAGCCUCCUACCUGGACGGAAUUAAUUUGUACGUCGAUGAACACGGGCUAACGGAUGUCGGCGACAGCUAUUUCAUGGGAUAUCAUACUCCGAUGAAAAAGUCGAGCGAUUGGUACGAAUCGCUGAAAUCGUCUCGAACGAUCGCCGACAACAUUACGAGGAUGAUAAACGAGAAUCGAUUAACCGACCAGAGCAUAACCGUGUUUCCAUACAGCGUCUUUUACGUAUAUUACGAGCAAUACCUGACAAUUUGGCGAGAAACGUUAUCCUCCUUGGGUCUGUCUCUCUGCAUCAUUUUCCUGACGACCACCCUUUUCACGGGAUUCUCGCUGUUUUCGGCGAUAACGGUGGUGCUCACGGUAUUCAUGAUCGUCGUAAACAUAGGUGGUCUCAUGUAUUGGUGGAACAUCGAACUGAACGCGGUGUCUCUCGUCAAUUUGGUAAUGGCAUCCGGCAUAUCGGUGGAGUUUUCCAGUCACAUGAUACAUUCUUACUUGAAAUCUACGUCGAGUACUAGAAUCGAGCGUGUGUCCGAAAUCCUGAAUAAAAUGGGAAGUUCGGUUUUCUCCGGUAUCACGUUGACGAAAAUUAUCGGAAUUCUGGUAUUGGCAUUCUCCAAAACUCAAAUCAUCCAAGUCUUUUAUUUCAGGAUGUAUUUGGGUAUCGUGAUUUUUGGCGCUGUUCAUGGCUUAAUAUUUCUGCCCGUCUUGCUAAGUUUCAUAGGUCCUGAGAAUGCGUGACAGAAGUUCUUCGAGCCAGAGUCAACGGAACGAGGGAAAAAGGAGGGAAGCGAUCCCUGAUUAACGAUCAGUCUCGAUCGGUCUAAUUGAAGCGUUCUUCCGAUUCCGUACGAUAGUAUUAUUAUUAUUGUUAGCGUCUAACUGUUAUUAUAAAAAUAUAGUACCUGUAUAUAAAAAUAUAGUAAUAUAACGUCCUUGCAAAAUCGAAAUCAUAUUAUAACGCAGAAACAUGUCCGUGAGCUACGCUGGGACGUUGUACGCAUGCUCGAAAACAAGCCAGAAAAAUAUUAUAUGUGUACUCUUACAAUGAUAAUACAGUAAAAUCCUUAUUAACGGACACUUUUUAAGGGAUACAUAAAAACUAAAUGCGCCAUCAUUGUCGACUACUUUUUCUUUCAUUACUUUCUUUGUCAAAAAUAUACUGCGCAUAUCUAUUUUCUACGGUUUAAGACUGUGCAGGGGGUCAAAUUUAACUGAUUAGUUCCCCGUGCAUAGCACGAGCCUUCCACAAGUUAGUAAUUAAACGAUUUAACAGUAAGUUUUAUUAAGUUAUGUACUGUGUGAAUAGUGGUGAAAAUAAAGAAAAAUUUAU